UAAAUUCAAUCAGGCAGCCGUUUGUUUGUUUCACCAAUUGCUUUGAACAUUAAGAGCCCAGGGAAUUUAGAUUUUCCCUUGUUGAUGAGCUAGGUGACAAGACUGUGAAAACUAGACGGAAUACCAAUCCUUGGAUUACUUGUGAGGAGGACAUCAGUCUAGCAACAUCACUUGCUCUUCGAGUUAAUCACCAAAGUUGAAAAAUUUAUUGAACUCCAAAUUUUUCUGAUAAUCUUCUUCUGAUAAUAUUUUGUACAACAUGACAGUCACUUUGAGCUUCCUGUUUGCCUGCGGCUUGGUUGUGAUAACCGCUUUACCAGCCGUCGAAGGGUACUUUUUGGCGUGGACGUAUGGAAGGCACAGUGGAACAAGCAGCGAUGCCUCGAUAGAGGAUGACACUCGAAUCAACCACCCGAGAAACGUCUACAACAGAGCCACGAGAGACGACAAUGCCACAACGGAGGAUGAAUUGUUGGAAGUUUGCAAGAGUGACCGUACGUGCGGGCGGGGUUUGUACUGUGACUAUCAUUACGGAAACUGCGUCCAGCACAAACUUGAACUAGAGCCAUGCCGUCGUGACGGUCACUGUGACCGGGGACUGGAGUGUCGAUUCGGAACGUGUCAGAAGGUUCUCAAACUGGGAAUGGAAGGGGCGCGAUGCAAGAACGACAAGGACUGCGGCGAUAACAUGUGCUGCGCUAAGCAACACGGAGAAUCCGUUUGCAAGAGAAGAUUACCCCUUAACGCAAAGUGCUACGUUCCGGAGGGAGGAGUGGAGUAUACAAUAGACAGCAUUUGCCCGUGUGUAGAUGGGCUCGUCUGCAGGAGAACGCACCAAAGUAGAGAAGAGGAUUUCGUUUGGCAGUUCUGGACCGACUAUGACCACAUGCGAUGCACGCCACUCCAUGCGGAACCAUCCAAAUGAUGUCGUCACAUAAUUCUAUCCAAGACACCACAUCAACAAACAAACUAAACAAAGUAUUUGUAAAUCUUAGAUGUAUAUAAUGAGCUUAUAAAGUUUUGAGACAAAGAAUUAACUUCAAAAGUUAACUAUGAUAUGAACUCCUUUUUUGAAAUGUUUACUUUUAUUUUUGUUUAAAUACGAAUUGCUCACUCAAAAACUGUAAAUGUUGUAUUUAUAAGGUGAGUGGCAAUGUAACUCUUAUAGGGCAGUCCUUUGGUAUUGACCUAGCCCACCUUGGGCUGUAAAAUGGCUCUCUUUUAACAUCAGUCUCAUCACAUGUAUUGACCCAACAAGUUUGUUCCACAAUGAUAAUUUCCCUGUUUUAAAUCAGCCUCGUUGACAAAUACCACAACAAUGACACUACCUUUCUUAUUCUACACUUUCUAAAUCCUUCAAACCUACACCUUAGUUUUGCUUGAUUUUGAAUGACAUAAUUGACGAUUCAGUAAGGUUUUUCUUAUCGACAUGCCUUCAGAUUUGAGUUAACGGGAAAAGUAUCUUAAUAGCAAUGUUACAAACAAAACACUGUCCAUUAAAAGCAAGUUAUUACCAAUAAAAUUAGUAAAAUAACUUGUUAAAGAUCAAUGGGGAGCUGUUGACAUUAUGAGAAGCUAACCCUAAUAUUAGAGAAAUUGUGUAUUUUUUAAGAAAGAUGUAAUUUUCACCCUCGACAUUUGAAUAUGAGAAACUAACACAAGCAUUAUAUUUGGCUCUAUGGAAAAAGUAGGAACAAAAGUUCAAGUACAGGGCUUUCUGUAAUAAUAUGAUAGACUUUUCAGGCUAUUUAAAUUUCUGAUUUUUCCAAGGGCAAACAAAAUUGGGAAUGCCUGCUAAUAACUUAUCAUGUAUCUGAAAGCACAGCAAAAAUUGUGCUUCUGACCAAUUGAGAAAAAAUGUUCACAUACUUGAAAUUGUAGGCAAAGGUUGUGAUAUACAUAGUAAAGAAACUUGUUGACAACUACCAAAAGUGCACCCUGCAAAACAUGAUAUUAAUAUUUCAGCUCAACAACAAAAGUGCUUGUUUUGUUUUGCCACUGGGCCUACUAAAGGUCUUCACAACCUGGGGGGCAAUUUCAUAGCGCUGCUUCAGCACAAAUCUGCAUCUAAGGACAACAAAAUUAUGCUUACCAAAUUAAGGUUACC